AUGGCCUUCAACUUUGGGGCUCCCUCGGGCACCUCGGGCACCGCUGCAGCCACCGCCGCUCCCACGGGUGGGUUUGGAGGAUUUGGGACAUCUACAACCGCAGGUUCUGCAUUCAGCUUUUCUGCUCCAACUAACACAGGCACUACUGGACUCUUCGGUGGUACUCAGAACAAAGGUUUUGGAUUUGGUACUGGUUUUGGCACAACUGGAACUAGUACUGGUUUAGGUACUGGUUUGGGAACUGGAUUGGGAUUUGGAGGAUUUAAUACACAGCAGCAGCAGCAACAACAAACUACAUUAGGUGGUCUCUUUGGUCAGCCUACACAGGCUCCUGCUCAGUCCAACCAACUGAUAAAUACUGCAAGUGCUCUUUCUGCUCCGACGCUGUUAGGAGAUGAGAGAGAUGCUAUUUUGGCAAAAUGGAAUCAACUGCAGGCUUUUUGGGGAACCGGAAAAGGAUAUUUCAACAAUAACAUACCACCGGUGGAAUUCACACAAGAAAAUCCCUUUUGCCGAUUUAAGGCAGUAGGUUAUAGUUGUAUGCCCAAUAAUAAAGAUGAAGAUGGGCUUGUGGUUUUAGUUUUCAACAAAAAAGAAACAGAUAUUCGAAGCCAACAACAGCAGUUGGUAGAAUCAUUGCAUAAAGUUUUGGGAGGAAACCAGACCCUUACAGUAAAUGUAGAAGGUAUUAAAACAUUGCCAGAUGAUCAGACAGAAGUUGUCAUUUAUGUUAUUGAGCGUUCUCCAAAUGGUACUUCAAGAAGAGUUCCGGCUACAACACUAUAUACCCAUUUUGAACAAACCAACAUAAAAACACAGCUGCAGCAACUUGGUGUAACCCUCUCUAUGACUAGAACAGAACUUUCUCCUGCACAGGUCAAACAGCUGUUACAGAAUCCCCCUGCUGGUGUUGACCCUAUUAUCUGGGAACAAGCCAAAGUGGAUAACCCUGAUUCUGAAAAGUUAAUUCCUGUACCAAUGGUGGGUUUCAAAGAACUUCUUCGAAGACUGAAGGUUCAAGAUCAGAUGACGAAGCAGCAUCAGACCAGAUUAGAUAUCAUAUCUGAAGAUAUUGGUGAAUUACAGAAGAAUCAAACUACAACUAUGGCCAAAAUUGCACAAUAUAAGAGGAAACUCAUGGACCUUUCCCAUAGAACCUUACAGGUCCUAAUCAAACAGGAAAUUCAGAGGAAGAGUGGAUAUGCCAUCCAAGCUGAUGAAGAGCAGUUGCGAGUUCAGCUAGACACAAUUCAGUGUGAACUGAAUGCACCUACUCAGUUUAAGGGCCGACUAAAUGAACUGAUGUCCCAAAUCAGGAUGCAGAAUCAUUUUGGAGCAGUCAAAUCUGAGGAAAGGUAUUACAUAGAUGCAGAUCUGUUACGAGAAAUCAAGCAGCAUUUGAAACAGCAACAAGAAGGCCUUAGCCACUUGAUUAGCAUAAUAAAAGAUGAUCUAGAAGAUAUAAAGUUAGUAGAACAUGGAUUGAAUGAAACCAUCCACAUCAGAGGUGGUGUAUUUAGUUGA